CUAUGGAUUGGCGUCGUACCUAGAUCUCUGUCCUUUGAGGACGCAAAGGCUGUGGCAGACGGCUGCAAGGAAAUCCUUGCCAAUGCUCAGUUCCAUGACGUCGAGAUUGCCUUCAGGGAGUCUAUCUUCACUCAGUCCGCUGGCCCACAGCUUCUCAACUACCUCCCCUUCUCCCUCUUGAACUCCACCGACGACAUACGUAGCACCUUUACUCCCUCUCUCGGUGUUCAGAUCGCUCCCAGGGACACCCCUCAUUAUGAGGGCACCGGUGCCCUGUACCUUCGUGAGAGC